CCAAGAUAAUUGAACCUUUGUAAUACAUUGACAAAGUUUUAUGAUUAUAUUCUUAUCAAGAUAGGAAUAACUGAAAACAAGAAAUAUUAUACGACGAAAUAUAGUUAUGUUUUGGACAAUUGUUAGCAUAAGUUUUCUUAGUUUCUCUGCAGUAAAUGGUCAGUGUCUAGGACACUGGACAUUUCUUCAAGGGAGAUGUUGGAACAUUAGUUCAACUUCCGGCUCAUGGCAGACAGGAAUUGAUUAUUGCCAAAAAAUAGGUGGGGAUCUUGCAAACAUUGAUUCGGCAGACAAGCAGAAAAAUGUCACUCAAGUCAUUAAAAACGCAAACGAGAUAUCAAUUCACACAGAGAAUAGAUACCAUUAUCAUUAUCUUCAUGACCUAGGAUUAGAUGUGACAAAUACAACGUCGGUUACAUUUACAGUAAAGGCCUGUAACGACGCCCACAUUGCACUGUCGAGUGUUAAGGGAGACGACAGAAAGGACACGUACGAGAUUGUGAUUGGUGGAUGGUCAGAUUCUCAAUCAGUCAUCCGUGACUGUAAACAAUGUGCACAUAUGGCCGAAGUUCGCCAUCUAUCUCAUCCAGUUAGUUGUACGGAAGCACGUCCAUUUUGGAUAAGCUGGAACAAUAGUAGUAUCCGGGUUGGUAUGGGCAAUAGCGUCGGCGCACAACAAUUCAUGGCAUGGAACGAUCCUGCUCCACAUCCGGUCAACUAUGUCGCUGUAUCAACAGGAUUUGGUUCUACUGGAGACUGGACAUUUAAAAAACACCCCCACAUGCCCGGACAAUAUUGGAUUGGUGCAUCUGACUUUGGGGACAGAAAUGCGUGGACCUGGAUGCCGAGCGAAUCAGACUUGCACUACACGAACUGGUUUCCAGGACAACCAGACAACACCGACAAUAAACAACACUGUCUGGUUCUGGAUGCCAACAGUCAAAUGAAAUGGCGUGAUGAAAAUUGUGAAGAUCAUAAGAAUUUCCUCUGCGAGAAACAAAGAGAACAAUCUUCCAUUGUUGGAUGAUAGAUUUUCAAAAAUAAAAAAAAAAUGUACCAGAUAUCAUAUUUAUCAAUUAUU